GAAACAAGCUGUUAAAAACGUGUUAAAAACGUGUUAAAUCAACACAUAAUGAAGCCCUAAAGACUUGGAAUUGCUUUUGUUUUGAAGAAGUGAAGAAACAAUGGAGAAUAUACAAAAUCUCCCCAUCGACAUCCAGACCAGCAAGCUUCUGGACUGGCUGCUGGAUCGACGUCACUGUAAUCUGAAAUGGCAGAGCGCAGUGAAAAUUAUCAGAGAGAAGAUCAACGCCUCCAUCCAGGACAUGCCAGAGAACGAGGAGAUCAAGCAGCUUCUCUCCGGCUCCUACAUUCACUACUUUCACUGCCUGAGGAUAGUGGAGAUACUGAGGGGAACUGAAGCUUCCUCCAAGAACAUCUUUGGCAGAUAUUCAUCUCAGAGGAUGAAGGACUGGCAAGAGAUUGUGUCCCUUUAUGAGGCAGAUAAUGUCUAUUUGGCGGAGGUGGCCAGCUUGCUGAGUCGCAACGUGAGCUAUGAAGGCCCGGCUCUGAGGAAGCAGCUGGCUAAAGCUCAGCAGCUGCAGCAGGAGCUGAGCAGGCGGGAGACGGAGUGCCAGAGCUCGGCUGCAGACCUGAGGGAACGCUACUACGUCGCCUGCAAACAGUAUGGCAUCACGGGAGAACAUGUGGCUCGGGAGCUUCAGGCUCUGGUCAAAGAUUUACCGGCGGUUCUUGACGAAGUCGGGAAAGAUGCUGCGAAGUUAGAGGAACACAUCCUACUUUAUACUGCUUUCACAAACUUUGUAUGUGACUGGUCUGAACCCAUCCUGCACAUGUUGACAUUCACCCAGAAGAGAGGAAACGCAACGUUCUACGAGUGGAGAACGGGGAACGUCCCCACAGUUGUUGAGAGGCCAGUGGAGGAAGCUCCUCCUGAUACACUCACAGAGGAUGCGAUUGACUGGGGUAGCUUUGGCAGCAGUGCAGACACUCAGGGUGUCAACUCUGUCAUCACAGUUGAGGAUGGGAUAGACUGGGGCAUCAGUCUGGAGCCGAGCUCUGAGGACGCUGGUGCUGGUGGGAUCGACUGGGGCGACGGCGAAGCAGCUCCCAUAGAAAUUGAAGUUGUGGACACGGGCGCAGACUGUCCUGAGGGUGUGGCGAGAGGCGAGGAUGCUUUAAGCGUACUGGAGAACUCUCAGUCACGAAGCCAGUUCAUUGAUGAGCUAAUGGAGCUGGAGGUGUUCUUAACGCAGCGGAUAAGUGAGAUGGGAGAGGAGGCCGAUGUGGUCGCUAUGAGCCAGUUCCAGAUGGCCCCCUCUGUCAUCCAGCGCCAGUCCCGUGAGCACGUCCGGGAGAUGCUGUCAGAGGUGCGGGACCUCCUGGGCCGCCUCACCUCCCUCCGCAUGCAGCACCUGUUUAUGAUUCAGGCCUCGCCACGGUAUGUUGAGCGUGUGUCAGAGGUGCUGAGGCAGAAGCUGAAGCAGGCUGACAUUCUGGUGCUGAAGGGCGUGACGAUGGUUGAGAAAAGGCAGGAAGCCCUGGAGGAGCAGUCCAGACUGGAGCCACGUGUCGACCUGCUGGCAGGACGCACCCGGGAACUCCAGAAAAUGAUUGAAGCCGACAUUUCAAAGCGAUACAACAAAAGACCCGUCAACCUAAUGGGGGUUAAUAUAUAGUGAACGUUGUGACAUUCACUAUAUUUAAUUUGUCAUGAUCUACUUGGAGAAAUAAAAGUGGUAUUUAUGUAUA